AACAACCAAUAACCAACUUGCCUAACUUUUAGUUGAUACAAUUACCGCUACGCCCAAGUCCCAACUCGCUCUAAUAACAAAAACGAUUAGGGAGAAUUGGUAGUUUUGGUUUUGGCGGACAUUUCCAUGCUGACAGUUUCUUCUUCUUUCUUCUUGGCUGGCUGCCUCUGGUGCUGAAGCUUCAGCUCGCUCUGGUCUUUCUUCAACCUCCAUAGUCCUAAUCUACACAGGCAAGACAAUUACUCCUCAAUCUAUGAACUAAGUAUGGGUUUUACUCUUUAUGCUUUUUCCAAUUCUUAAGCUUCCCACUGCAGAAUAUGAUGAUUGUCACCAAAACGAUUAGAUUCUGAUUAUUCUUGGCAAUUAUAGCCUUGAUUUUGCUCUUCACAUUUUCCAUCACUGGUUCAGAUUGUUAGUUUAAAGAUUGAGAUGGAUAUGUGGGUUGGGGUGGAUCAGAUACGUAGUCGGACUAAACUUUCCUAUCCAGUGAUAGAGCCCACGAUAUUGUUUGGAGAAAAGGAGAGUUUUUGGCUGUCUAAUCAGAAAAUAUGUUAUAACAGAAGCUCGUUUUCUCAGAAGAUUAGAUGUAGUUUUACAGAACAGGGAUUGAAACCACGUCCAAAACUUCAUAAUCCUGUUCCUAAACCUAUGAAAAAUAAGCAGAGUUGGGGGAAUGAACAUGCUGAAGUGAUGGUGGAUGGAAGUUUCAGCUCUGGAAUUUGUGGGAAGAUAGAGAAAUUGGUUUUGCAGGGGAAGUACCAUGAAGCUCUUGAAUUGUUUGAGAUCUUAGAAUGCAAAUCCAUUGAGGAUAAUCUACUGAAUAGCAGUACUUAUGAUGCUAUGGUGCGCGCUUGUAUUGGCUUGAAAUCUGUUAGGGGAGUCAAACGGGUGUUAAAUUGUAUGGUUAGCUGUGGGUUUAAGCCAGAUCAGUACUUGAGCAACAGGUUGUUGCUGAUGCAUGUGAAAUGUGGUAUGAUGAUAGAUGCCCGGAAGUUAUUCGAUGACAUGCCUGAAAGAAACCUGGUUUCAUGGAAUAUGAUAAUUGGGGGGCUUGUGGACUCUGGGGACUAUCUUGAGGCAUUUCGGUUGUUCUUCAUGAUGUGGGAGGAGUUUCCUGAUGCAGGGUCGCGCACAUUUGCAAUGAUGAUUCGAGCAUCUGCUGGUUUGCAGUUAAUCUCUCCAGGAAGACAAUUACACUCUUUGGCUUUAAAGAUGGAUGCUACAGAUGAUAUUUAUGUGUCUUGUGCUUUGAUUGACAUGUAUAGCAAAUGUGGUAACAUUGCAAAUGCGAGGUGUAUUUUUGAUGAAAUGCCAGAGAAAACUACAGUAGGGUGGAACAGUAUUAUGGCAGGCUAUGCAUUACAUGGUUAUAGCGAGGAAGUUAUGAACAUGUAUUAUGAAAUGCAAGGUUCGGGUGUAAAGAUGGACCAUUUCACAUUUUCAAUCAUUAUAAGAGCAUGUACGAGGUUGGCUUCGCUAGAGCAUGCCAAACAAGCUCAUGCAGGCCUAGUUCGUCAUGGUUUUGGGUUGGACAUUGUUGCUAAUACUGCGCUUAUGGACUUCUAUAGCAAAUGGGGCCGAUUAGAGGAUGCAAGAAAUGUUUUUGAGAAAAUGCCCCGAAAGAACGUUAUUUCUUGGAAUGCGCUGAUAGCUGGAUAUGGUAAUCAUGGUCGAGGAAUUGAGGCUGUUGAGCUAUUUGAGCGAAUGAUUUCUGAAGGGUUUGUUCCUAAUCAUGUGACAUUUCUUGCUGUUUUAUCCGCUUGUAGUUAUUCAGGGUUAUCAGACCAUGGCUGGAAAAUAUUUGAGUCAAUGAGUAAAGUUUACAAAAUAAAGCCUCGAGCAAUGCACUACGCGUGUAUGAUUGAGUUGCUAGGUCAAGAAGGACUUCUGGAUGAAGCUUUUUCAUUAAUAAGAGAUGCUCCAUUUGAGCCAACCUUGAAUAUGUGGGCUGCCUUGCUUACUGCCUGUAGGGUCCAUAAAAAUCUUGUGCUUGGGAAAUUUGCUGCCGAGAAACUUUAUGGGAUGGAGCCAGAAAAGCUGAGUAAUUACAUAGUUCUCUUGAAUAUCUACAAUAACUCUGGAAAGUUGCAGGAAGCAGCUGGCGUUGUACAAACUUUGAAGAAAAAGGGUCUGAGAAUGUUUCCUGCAUGCACUUGGAUAGACAUCAAAAAGCAACCCUAUGUUUUCUUCUCUGGAGAUAAGUGGCACCCCCAAACCAAUGAAAUCUAUGCAAAAUUAGACAAAAUGAUGCAAGAGAUCUCUGAACAUGGCUAUGUUCUCGAAAGCAAGUCGUUUCUUGCUGAUGUGGACAAUCAUGAAGAAGAAUUACGACUUCAUCAUAGUGAAAGGUUGGCAAUUUCCUUUGGUCUAAUCAACACAGUUGAUUUGACACCAUUGCAUCUUGUCCAGAGCCAUAGGAUCUGUUGUGAUUGUCAUAAUGCAAUCAAAUUGAUGAGUUUGGUUACAAAGCGAGAAAUUGUCAUCAGGGAUGGCAGCAGAUUUCAUCGAUUUAAAAGUGGGACUUGUUCCUGUGGUGAUUACUGGUGAUGUGAUAUGUGGAUACAAAAACAGUUUAACCUUCUUGUCCUGAGCCGUUGGAUCAUCAUGAUGUAAUUGAUGAGUUUGGUUGCAAGGCAAGAAAUUGUAGUGGAGGGAUGCCAGCAGAUUUCGUAGAUUAAAAAAUGGGACUUUUUCCUGUGGUGUGAUUACUGGUGAUGCAAGAAUUUUUCUACCUCCAACAUUCUAUGUUCCCCUUUUUCGUCCUCAUUUUUCUACACCUUCUGACAAAACAAAGUGUUGCUUCUUACAAUAUAAACUGUAAGUUAGAAUUACAGUAAUUUUUGUGCUUGUUUUUGGUUGUAUGUUCCAGAGAAUAAUAAUAAGAGAGAGUUUUGAUUACAAAAUCUUUCUUUGAGUCUGCUAUUAGAAUUUAGAGAAACAUGGAACUUCAGAGCUUCUUUUAUGCUCCUUAA